CAUUCCGGCUAAGCGAUCGUGCUUGAUCCGUUCUAUAAAGGGAAUCGAUCACGAUGGAUUCGAUAGCGGUUGCACUGCAACCGUACAAGGAUACGGUCGGUUUGACGGCGGCCAUCGUGACGGUGGUCCAGUUCUUCAGUGGAGUAUUGACCUUGAAUGAAAUUCGACGCCAGGGCAACACUAAGGGCUUUUCGGUGUUGCCCUUUCUCGGCUGCACCGUGUUCUGUCUGCUGAACAUACAGUUUGGCCAGAUGCUGCGGGACGACGGUAUGAUUCGGGUUAACUUUAUCGGACUGGCGUUGAACUUGCUAUACGUGUGCGGGUUUUAUAUGUACACCGAUGGCCCCCAGAAGACGGCCGUUUGGGGUCAGAUAGGGUUGGGCGGUGCGUUUACCGUUGGUGUGCUUUCGUACGUACAGUAUGAAGAUCCGAAGCUGGUCGAGUUCCGGUUCGGUGUUAUUUUGACCGGUUUGCUAUGGACUUUAGUCGGUAUGUCGCUGCUUGGAUUGAGUGAUAUCCUGAAGAAAAAGAGUACUGAAGGACUUCCAUUUCCGACUAUCUUUCUCGGUGCGAUCGUUUCCUUCUCCUGGCUACUGUACGGUAUCAUUCUACGCAGCAACUUCCUUGUGGUACAAAAUCUUGUAGCUCUUGCACUGAGUGCAGUACAGCUCUCGCUGUUUAUUAUCUUCCCUUCGGGUGCGGCCAAACCACCGCCAAGUCCGGCCAAAAAGCGCAACUAAACAACAGCCCUUACACAGUGCGUGAU